AUGUCAAGCCCCAGGAGGGCCAAGCACUUCGUUACGUUAACCCACCCGCUUCUGCGCAAGCUAGACUCAUGUUGUAACGUUGUAGAAUUCAACCAAGUCCAUGCCCAGCUCAUCGUCUCCGAUCUCUCUGAUCAUUAUCCCGCCAUCAUCCGAGCCGUGAAGAAGCUCUGCGCUUUGCGCGCGGUCGCUUACGCGGUCCUGUUCUUCAAAUCUACCAAAGCGCCUGAUGCUUCUAUGUGCAACACCAUCAUGAGAACUUACGUGGGCGGGAAGGAUGCAAGUAGUGCCGUGAGAUUUUACCGGGAUGAGAUGGUGGGUAAUGAUGUCAUGCCCAAUCAUUACACGUUUCCCAUUGUUCUGAAGGGGUGUGUGGAGAUUGGGUCGUUGACCGAAGGAGAAAAGGUCCACGGUAGGGUGUUCAAGCUUGGGUUGGAGCCAGAUUUGUUCGUGACGAACGCCCUGAUUCACCUGUAUUCGGCUUUUCAGAAGACCUGGAAUGCCCGCUUGGUGUUUGAUGCGGGGUCUUUUCUGGAUUGCGUCAGCUGGAACACUAUGAUUGAUGGCUAUGUAAAGAAUGGGGAAGUUGAUUCUGCACGUGAACUGUUCGAUGAAAUGACCGAGAGGGACCCUGUCUCUUGGACCUCGAUGAUAGGGGGUUACAUUGGCAGAGGGGAGAUGGAAGAGGCGAGAUGUUUGUUUGAUAAAAUGCCAUCUAGAGACACCCCAUCGUGGAAUUGCAUGAUCAACGGGUAUGCAAGGAUUGGCUGUUUUUGGGUGGCUCUUGAGUUGUUUAAUUCAAUGCCUUCCCGGAACGUGACCUCUUGGAAUACCUUGUUGGAUCAUCUUGUCCGUCAUGAACACUAUGGGGAGUGUUUGAGUUUGUUUGAUACUAUGCUACAAGAUAGAGAUAUUAAACCCAAUAAGUUUACUCUUUUGCCUGUUUUGACAGCAUGUGGCAAUCUGGGGGACAUUGAUAGAGGCCAACUAGUCCAUUCUUACAUCACAAGAACUGACUUUAAGGCUGAUGUGGCACUUUCCACUGCUCUAUUGACAAUGUAUGCAAAAUGUGGGGCUGUGGAUGUGGCUAGGAACCUGUUUGAUCAGAUGCCUGAUAGGAAUGUCGUCUCAUGGAAUGCCAUGAUUCUGGGGUAUGGAAUGCAUGGGCAUGGCGAGAAAGCCCUAGAUAUGUUCUUGGAGAUGGAGAAGAGAGGUCAAAUACCAGAUGGGUUGAGCUUCGUCAGCAUCUUAUCUGCCUGCAAGCGCUGUGGGAUGGUUUUGGAAGGUUGGUGGUGUUUUGACAUAAUGUCUCGAGUUUAUGCGAUUGAUCCCAAAGUACAGCACUAUGGUUGUAUCCUCGAGCUUCUUGCCAUGGUCGGAUUGACGAAGGAAGAUAUAGAAGAGUUGGAAAAAGAAGUCCCGACGGGGGCUGGAUCUACCCAUUCUACCACUGAACUAGGAGAGAUUGUGGCCGAGCGAUUGAUCGAGUUGAACCCGACUGAUGUUGGGCCCUAUGUGCUCUUGGCAAACGUGCAUGCAGCAGAAGGUAAUUGGGAUUCUGUUGAGAACGUCAGAAAGAUUAUGAAGGAAACCGGUUUGCAAAAGGAAGUCGGGUCUAGCCUCUUUCGACCUGGAGACAUCGAGUCCGGAGGUUCCAAAAAAGAUAGUUUGCCCCAUCGAAGAGUUAUGAUUUAUUCAAUGUUGAGCGAGAUAGGUUCUCAUAUGAAAGUGUACCGUAGAGACUCGAGAGUUGUAGAGGAACUUACAUUGUGUUUGGUGGAGUUGAUUAGAAAGGAAAAGCAAGAAUAUAAGUAA